AUGAAUGUGUUGAUAAGAUACCAUACCUUUGCUGUAUAUUGUAAUUCACAGACUAGAAGACAGUUUACUAUAAAGAAAACUUCUGCAGAUGCAAGUGAAUAUUAUGAAAACUACAUCGAAAUGUUGAAGAAACAAGGAUUUCUGCUCAGAGAACAUUUUACACCUGAAGCAACCCAGUUAGCAUCUGAAAAAUUGCAAGCACUGCUUUUGGAAGAGGUCAUAAACUCAAGCACUCUGAGCCAGGAGGUGAGCGAUUUGGUGGAAAUGAUUUGGGUGGAAGCUCAAGGCCACCUGGAGCAUACGCUUCUCAAGCCUGUGAACAAGAUUAGCCUCAAUGAUGUAAGCAAGGCAGAAGGGAUUCUUCUCCUAGUAAAGACAGCCCUGAAAAAUGGAGAAACAGCAGAACAGCUGCAAAAGAUGAUGACUGAGUUCUACAGAUUAAUACCUCACAAACAUGUAGCAACCAAAGAUAUUAACCUGAGACUAUUAUCGAAGAAAGAAGAUCUAUGCCAGCUCAUAAGGGACAUGCUUAAUGUCUGUGAAACUCAUCUAUCCAAACCCAACCCACCAUCUCUAGCCAAAUAUCAGGCUUUACGUUGUAAAAUUGAGCCUGUUGAACAGAAUACUGAAGAAUUUUUCAGAAUUAGAAAAGAGUUACUACAGAAUAACAGUGAAACUCCAGUAGACAUCUUGCAGAUAUUUAGUAUUGGCAGAGUGAAUGAAGCCACAGAGUUUUUGAGCACUCUUGGCAAUGUGAGGUCCUUGCUGCAUGGAUCUCCUGUACGAAACAUUGUAGGAAUCUUGUCCCGAGGGUUGCUUUUGCCCAAAGUAGUUGAAGACCGUGGCAUACAAAGAACAGAUAUUGGAAAUCUGGGGAGUGGCAUUUAUUUCAGUGACUCACUUAGUACAAGUGUUAAGUAUUCACAGCCAGGAGAGACAGAUGGCUCGAGACUCCUGGUCAUCUGUGAUGUGGCCCUUGGAAGAUGUGUGGACCUAUUCAAGAAGGAUUUUUCCUUAACUGAAGCUCCGCUGGGCUAUGACAGUGUACAUGGAGUUUCAGCAACAGCCUCUGUCCCUACAGACUUUGAGGAUGAUGAAUUUGUUGUGUAUAAAACCAAUCAGGUUAAAGUGAAAUAUAUUAUUAAAUUUUGCAUGCCUGGAGAUCAAAUAAAGGACUUUCAUCCUCAUGAUAAUAGUAAAUUAGAGGAAUACAAACCUGAGUUUUCAAAUACCUUAAUGGUUGAAGAUUACCAGAUACCAGACCUCAAGCCUUCCAGCAGUGUCAAGGCUGGUCUUCAGGAUGCUUCUGGAAACUUGGUUCCUCUUAAGAGUGUUCACAUCAAGGGGAGAAUAAUAGACUUUGUAGCCCAGGUUGUAGUGUUUCAGACCUAUACAAAUCAAAGCCAUGUGCCCAUUGAGGCAAAAUACGUCUUUCCUUUGGAUGACAAGGCAGCCGUGUGUGGCUUUGAGGCGUUCAUCAAUGGGAAGCACAUAGUGGGUGAGAUUGAGGAGAAGGAAAAAGCCAAGCAACAAUACCGAGCAGCUGUCAGCCAAGGCCAUGGCGCAUAUCUGAUGGACCAGGAUGCACCGGAUGUCUUUACUGUAAGUGUUGGAAACUUACCCCCUCAAGCCACGGUUCUCAUGAAAAUUACCUACAUCACAGAACUCAGCAUUCAAGGCCCUGUUGCUGUCUUCUUCAUGCCUGCUACUGUGGCACCCUGGCAACAGGAUAAGGCUUUGAAUGAAAACCUUCAGGAUACCAUAGAAAAGAUUUGCAUAAAGGACAUAGGAGCAAAGCAAAGCUUCUCCUUGACUCUGUCUAUUGAGAUGCCCUACGUGAUUAACUUCAUUUCCAGUGAUACACAUGAAUUGAAACAGAAGCGCACAGACUGCAAAGCUGUAAUUAGCACCACAGAAGGCAGCUUCUUAGACACCAAUGGAUUCUCUCUCCACAUUGGUUUGUAUGAUGCAUAUCUCCCAAGAAUGUGGGUUGAAAAACAUCCAGAGAAACAAAGUGAGGCUUGUAUGCUGGUCUUUCAGCCUGAUCUUGAUGCCACUCUUUCAGGCCCCGCAAACAGGAAUGAAGUAGUUAUUUGCCUUGAUUGCUCCAAUUCCAUGGAGGGUGUAACAUUCAUACAAGCCAAGCAAAUUGCUCUGUAUGCACUGUCCUUGGUAGGGGAGGAACACAAAGUAAAUAUUGUCCAGUUUGGCACAGGUUACAAGGAGUUAUUUUCCUAUCCUAAGCACAUCACAUGCAGCAGUGUGGCAACAGAGUUCAUUAAGUCUGCUACACCUACAAUGGGAAACACAGACUUCUGGAAAACACUCCGAUAUUUAGGUUUACUAUACCCUUCUCAAGGAGUCCGGAAUGUCCUUCUCAUAUCUGACGGCCACCUCCAGGAUGAAAGCCUGACACUGAAACUUGUGAAGAGAAAUAUCUUCCAUACCAGGCUGUUCACCUGUGGGAUCAGUCCUACAGCCAAUCGUCAUGUCUUAAGGAAUUUGUCUCAUUAUGGUGCUGGAGUAUUUGAAUAUUUUAACUCAAAAUCCAAACACAGCUGGAAAAAACAGAUAGAAGACCAAAUGAACAGGUUAUGUUCCCCAAGUUGCCACUCUGUCUCCAUCAAAUGGCAGCAACUUAGUGCCAAUGUACAGGAGCCCCUGCAGGCCCCAGCCCAGGUUCCAUCCUUGUUCCACAAUGACCGACUCCUUGUGUAUGGAAUGAUUUCUCACUGCACACAGGCAUCUCUUUGUGCAGUAAUCCAAAAGAAGGAAUUUUGUUCAAUGGUGUCAACUACUGAGCUUCAGAAGACAACUGGAACUGUGAUUCACAAACUGGCAGCAAGAGCACUAAUCCGAGAUUUUGAAGAUGGCAUUCUCCAUGAAGAUGAAGCCAACCAUGAGAUGAAGAAACAAAUUAUGAAAUCUCUGAUUAUUAAACUCAGUAAAGAAAACUCUCUUAUAACACAGUUUACAAGCUUUGUGGCAGUUGAGAAAAGGGAUGAUAAUGAGUUACCUUGUCCUAAUAUUCCAAAUGUUUUGGAAUUGAUUGACAAAGAGGAUGUAGACUUUCUGUCAUACAUGAAUUGGCAGGAGGAGCACGGAGGGGCCAACAUGAUACAGCUUCUUUCGCCUUCCUCUGAAAGGAAGAAAAGGCUGCAACAUAAAAGUUUGGCUAAAAAAAGACUGAGGUUGUCUAAGUUGGAAAUUUGUGAAGAUUUUGAAGACAUGAGUUUAGGUCUGCAAAUGGUGGAACAGCCAGUUGCACUGCCGAUUCAAAGUGGAGAAGUGGAAAGUCUGUUGAGUUUGACCCAAAUGGAUUUAUCAGAACAAGAAGAAUCUAAAAUACAACCAGUGCCAGACAGGUUGAAGCAGAAGGAUGCUUCUACUCCUUCUUUUGUUCCAUUCAUAGGUGCCGCCCCUUCUGUUUCCUUCUCUCCUCCUGGUGUUUGUCCUCAGAUUUUCAGUUCUCCUGUGCCUCUCAGACAGCUUGGUACACCUCCACCUGCAAGUGACUUUGCACUUGACACUGGUCCUGUAGUCUCCCUUCCGGUGCCACCUCCCCUCUCCGGUAGUUGUAUUUUCCAGACUGACUCACUGGGCUCCACACAGUUUGAUCCCUGCAAAUUUUAUGCACGCCCUGAAAGCAACAAUUUUCCUGUCUUCCCUACGCUGGACUCUUCCCCUCCUCCUGUGCCUAUUUCUCUCCAUGUCACUGCAGGCUUAGGGUCUAGUGGACUAUUUGGUCUCCAGAGUCAGAGUUCUCAUUCCAGUAUGACAGAAGAUUUUCUUGAAGAGGACUCUUCCCUAUCAGGUUGUCAUAACGGCACUGUUAGAUAUUCUGUCCUUGAAGAUCAGAAAGUGCCACAUGUUCAAAGUUAUUUUCCGAGCUGUGUGCCUGAGGCCCUGUGUUUUGGAAGCUUAGAUGUGGCAGGGAAAAGAAGAGGAAAAAGUUUGUUUGAAACAGAACAUGAUGGUACAUCAGUGAAAGCUCUGGCAAGAAAAUGUUUAAAAAAGCAGAAACUUAGUGUACAGUAUAACUUUGCUUCAAACUCUCCAUUACAAGAUGAGGAUGGCGCAGUCUACCAGUCCACCCGGAGGAACUCUGUGCUCUGGGCUGCACUCUUCAGUCUGCAAACCGAGGAUGGUUUCUGGAAGCUGACGCCAGAAUUAGGACACAUAUUAGGCAUUGACACAAAUGUUUUGCAUUACUUUCUUGAACAAAAAGGGAUUAGAUCUCUAGGCAUGAAAGGAAAAGAACGUCUCCUGAACCUGAUUGCCACAUUGCUGGUCCUACAAUUUCUUCGCUCCCAGUUGGAACAAGACAAAAUAAUCUUCAAAUCCUUGAUGAAAUUGGAUGACCCUUCCAUUUCCAGGGAUAUCCCCUGGGACUUUGAGGCAGUAAAGAAAGCAAGUGAAUGGGUCAGAAGAAUGGAGGGACAAUAUCCAUCCAUCUGUAAACGGCUUGAGCUGGGUGAAAAUUGGGAUUUGGCCACUAAGCACCUUCUGAGAGUUCAGCCCCCAGCCUGCCCUUCUCUACAAAGAGUUCUGUGUUCUGGUCAAGCCUGAAUUCAGUGAAGUUAUGUUUUAAAAUUUUUCAUGCUUCUGUGUCAAAACAUAAUCAAAUAUUACUAAGCACCUAUAAUGGCAUUUAGUUAUGAUUUUAUUUAGUGCAGCAAUCAGUACCUUUACUGUAAAGUAAAUGGAAGCAGGAUGGACUAUUUUAAUCAACUAACAAAAUAAAGAUUACAAUAUUGGA